UUACCUCGUGGGCAAACGUUUAAAGAAUUAAGUGACAUAAGAAGAAAAACGAAAAGGUGCGUUUUGAGAUAUCUCACUGGAUGAGAAUACAACAGACCUGUUGAUUCAAUAUUUUUAGACCAAGUGAAAGUGAAAGAAAGAUCUACGCUGAAGAAUGGCUUCAGUGAAAACGGUGUCUGUGGAAGACCUUACUUGUCCUGUGUGCUGUGAAAUCUACAAGGAUCCUGUUGUGCUGUCAUGUAGUCACAGUAUAUGUAAAGAGUGUAUUCAGCUGUUUUGGAGACUGAGAAAUACUCAGGAGUGUCCCGUUUGCAGGAGAAGAUCCUCCAGAGAUGAUCCCCUAUGUAAUCUUGUGUUGAAGAACUUGUGUGAGUCACUGACAGCAGCAGAAAGAGCUUCAGGAUCUGAGCUGGUCUGCAGUUUGCACAACGAGAAGCUCAAACUCUUCUGCUUGGAUGAUGAACAGCCUGUGUGUCUUGUGUGCAGAGAUUCACAAAAACACACCAAUCACAGGUUCAGACCCAUUGAUGAAGUUGUUCCAUCUUACAGGGAGCAGCUCAAAACAACAUUGAAAUCUUUAGAAGAGAAGUAUAAACACAAAGAAAAAAGUAAAGAAGAGUGCGAUAAAACAGUCCAGCAGUUAAAGACUCAGCGUGAGAGCACAGAGCGGCAGAUUAAAGAGGAGUUUAAGAAGCUUCAUCAGUUUCUGCAAGAUGAAGAAGAAGCUUUAGUCUCUGCACUGACGAAGGAGGAAGAGCAGAAGAGUGAGAUGAUGAAUAAUAGGAUUGAGGAGAUGAACAGACAGAUCUCAGCUCUAGCAGAUACUAUAAAAGACAUGAAAGAAAAGAUGAACGCCAGUGAUGCCUCAUUUCUACUAAGCUUUAAAGGCAUCAUGGAAAGAGCUCAAAGUUCACAGCAAGAUCCACAGAUGAUUUCAGGAGCUUUGAUUAAUGUGGCAGAUCAUCUGAGAAACCUCACCUUCAGAGUCUGGAAGAAGAUGCAGCAACUUGUUCACAACACUGUUGUGACUUUGGACCCCAGCACGGCACAUCCUAAUCUCACGGUGUCUGAUGAUCUGACCAGUCUGACUUACAAUUGGCUUCCUAAGGAUCCAGAUUUAAUGAGCCCCAUUCCCUGUGUCCUGGGUUCAGACGGCUUUAACUCAGGAACACACUGUUGGGAUGUUGAGGUUGGAGACAAUUACUGCUGGAGUGUUGGAAUAACGACGGCACCAAAACAAAGGAAGAAAUAUAAUUUCCUUGAUACUGAUUUCUGGUGUGUGGAGUAUGUGGUUGGUGGAUUUAUUUCUCCAAUAUCAAAGGAAACUUGCUUUACCAUUAAGACAAAGCUUCAGAUGGUAAGAGUGCUGCUGGACUGGGAACAAGGAAAGGUGACGUUCUCUUAUUCUACAAGAAACACACCUUUAUGUUCGUUCACAUCACGCUUUAAGAAGACACUCUUUCCUUUCUUUUAUACUAACUGUUCAAAUUCUGCUCUGAGGAUUUUACCAGUUAAAUAGUUUGUAACAACAGAAAGGCAGAGAUUUCAGACCCUGUCCUAUAAAUUUAUUAGGAUUCAGAUUUUUUUUUUCAAUUAUAUUUUGGAUACAUUUAUUGCGAACACCUAUUAUUGCCAUUUUUUUCCUAUUGCCAUUUAAGUGAAUUACCUUUACUUUUGGAAUCAUUUUAAAUGGCAUAAUGUAAUACAUUUAAUUUGGUUAAAUAAUUUUUAUUCUUGCUAUUUUUAAUAAUUAAACUAAAUUAAAUUUAAUAAUUAAACAAGCAAAAAAUGCUAACUGUUCACGCAAAAUUAGUUUCAGAUUCAAAUUAGCUGUAAUAACUCAAUUGAUUUCCAAAGAGCUUUAUUAUUCAAUAAAGAAUCCUGAUUUCAAUGAGUUUUACCCAUCCUCAGAGCUGCUUAGAGAUUAAAUGAAUACUGAUUAUAAUUACACUUUUUGUGAUUCAGAAAUCAACCCAAUAGUAUUUGUUUUGGGCUGUUCAGUAAGCGGGUUUUGUGAUCUGAUAUUGGCUUAAAAAUCGGUUAAAUAAAUUAAAUAUCAAUUAUUGAACCUUUAAAAUAAUGAAGACCCUCAAUUUUCAUUUUGGGGGAAUUUUUAUAGCUUAUUCAAAAUUAAGUGUGAAGUCCUGAAUUCAUAUUUUGAGCAAUUGUUUACUUUGUGUUUUUUGACUUUUAAAAUCUUUAAUAAAUUGUUACUAAUCCCAGUGUAAAAUAUCUUUUUACC